CUUUUUUGCAGAGGAAAGUGGAAAAGGCCUUUUCGAGUCUUUUACUGUAAAGAUAAACAAAUUAAAAGGGGCUUCUUUCCUCAUUGAAUCUAGCACACCAUGGGGAGCAAAUGGAGGAAAGUGAAGCUGGCUCUUGGGUUGAAUCUGCGUACUCAUCGUCUUCCAACAACCACUGACGGCGGCGACCUGGGCUCCUCCGCCUCCUCGGCCCGGCACUCCGACGCCGCCCUGCUCUCUCCGCCCCCCAGUUUCUUUAAGCCAUCUAAUAGCUUCAGCAGAUCUUCCAAGAAGACAUGCUCAAUAUGUUUGACCUCAAUGAGGCUCAGAGGGGGCCAGGCUAUAUUCACUGCCGAAUGUUCACAUUCGUUUCAUUUCCAAUGCAUUGCAUCAAAUGUCAAACAUGGAAACCAAGUUUGUCCAAUCUGUAGAGCAAAGUGGAAAGAGAUCCCUUUGUUGUGCCCCAGUUCAGAUCCUCCUCCUCCCUCGCCCAGAAGGACUAGAGUAAACCCUGUUUACCCACUUCAUCAAAAUCAAAACAUUGCAAUCCCUGAGCCGACCGUAUUUGAUGAUGAUGAAUCUUUGGAUGGUCAACCGGGUUCAACUCACAUAAUUGGUGACAAAGAAGAGAGAAAGAUGACAAUAAGUAUGUUCCCGGAAGUUCCCUCCGUUUCAAGAUUCAGUGCUUUGGAUAACUUCACGGUCUUGGUCCAUCUCAAAGCACCACCGCCUUCUGAUUCAGGUAAUAAAAUGGGUUGCAUAAAUCGCCCCCAUAAGACUGCUGCAAAAACACCACGUACCCCCAUUGACCUUGUCACGGUUCUUGAUAUAAGCGGAAGCAUGGUGGGUACAAAGUUGGCUCUCCUAAAGAGAGCCAUGAGCUUCGUCAUACAGAACAUGGGUCCCGCUGACAGGCUGGCAGUUGUCGCCUUCUCUUCGACAGCCCGCCGUCUCUUCCCGCUACGGAGGAUGUCCGACACAGGACAGCGUGCCGCCCUGAAAGCCGUCAACUCUUUGGUUGCGAACGGCGGAACAAACAUCACAGAAGGUUUGCGUAUGGGCGCCAAGAUAAUGAAUGACCGAAAGGAUAAGAACCCCGUCGGAAGUAUAAUACUAUUAUCCGAUGGUCAAGACACGUACAAGGUGAGCAAUAAUUCUGAGCAGCUCAUUCUUCCUUCUAGGUUUGAGAUUCCGGUGCACACGUUCGGGUUUGGUGGGGACCAUGAUGCUGAGUUUUUGCACAAUAUUUCAGAGAUAUCCGGAGGGACAUUUUCGUUAAUCGAAACGGAAGUCAUCAUCCAGGAUGCAUUUGCCCAGUGCAUAGGAGGCCUUCUGAGCGUUGUCGUAAAGGACCUGAAGUUAAGUUUGGACUGUGUUGACCCUGGAGUCUAUCUUGGAUCAUUAACAGCAGGCGGGUACCAAAACCGGGUUACAUCAGAUAAAAGGGCUGGGGCUAUUGAUGUCGGAGAUUUAUACGCUGACGAGGAGAGGGAUUUUCUCAUUUCGAUUAAAGUGCCAAUGAGUGAUGAAUCAACUUCGUUGUUGAAGAUCAAAUGUGUCUACACCUGCCCGUUGACCAAUAAAACUGUCAAUCUCGAGAGUGAAGAAGUUAUGAUCGGCCGACCAGAAGAGGUAGUGGCGGGAGAAACAAGUGUGGAAGUUGAGAGGCAGAAAAACCGGGUCAAAGCAGCAGAGGCUAUGGAGCAAGCACGUGCUUCAGCAGAGAGGGGAGACCUCAUUGGCGCAACGUCCAUACUUGAGAACUGUGAGAAGGCAUUAUCUGAAUUGGCCAAGAUUUGUCAUGACAAGAUGUGCUUGGGUUUGAGAGAAGAGCUGAGGGAGAUGCAGGAGAGGAUGCGAAGCAGACACGUGUAUGAGGCAUCAGGAAGAGCAUACAUACUGUCGGGACUGAGCUCACAUUCGUGGCAGAGAGCAACUAUACGGGGUGGUGAUUCUGUAUACAUAGACGGGUCGCCGAGCUUGUUUCAGGCUUAUUAUCAAACACCUUCGAUGCUCGAGAUGGUUACACGCUCUCAGGCUAAUACACUACUGGGCAGCCAGACGCUUAAUCUACCAGUAUGGCCCCACCUUGCCUCUCAACUGAGACCAAGGUAACCCUGAUUUGAGAUCAUUCAGGGGGGGGGGGGGGGGGGGGGCAAUGUAAUUUUGGGAGGAACUGUAUCUAAGAUGGGCAAGGAUAGUCAUUUAAGUUGCUUCAGUUCAUAUUUCUUUUGCCAAAUUUGACUUGCAAAAGAUAUACGUAGUAAUAAAAAAAGAAUGAAGGUGGCAAACUUAUUUGGGAAGAUCGAAUAAGUGAAUUUGGCAAAAGAAAUAGGUACAAAGGGCUGAAUUUCUAUCUGUCCUUGUUGUUAUUUUGGGGAGAGAGACAUCUUCUCAACUAGGGGAAAAUGUAAACAAUAAGCUCUUUCAUAUGCAAUCUGUUUGUUAUAAGUUUUGAUGCCAUUAUUUACUCUUUUAGGAACUAGAACAUCAUAUCAUUAAGCUUUAGAUGAGCUCAUUGUCUUAAGGAUGCAUCAAUACUCUACCCUGGUGUUGUAUUCAUGUCUUCGAUAUCGACACUUACAAGCAGACUUCAAUAACCACUGUACGAC